AUGGCCCCAUCCAUGCGAUGGGUUGUUGCAAUCGUGGCCUUAGCGGUCGGCGCCGACUCCUUCCAGGUCAGCGCUGACCACGAGGCAGGCCUCGCGGCCGACUACUCGUCGCAGCUCGCCGAAUGGAAGCUGCACCUGGCGAAAGCCAGACUCCGUACUCUGAAGACCGCGAUCAAGUGGACUCAGCCGGCUGAGGCCGAAGAUUCAGACAACUCGGUGCUCCUGCAGUCACCGUCCGAUUUCUCCGCACCCAUGGAGCAGGCGGAGACCGUCCUCGUUCAGACCGAGGCCCCGAGCACUUCCUCGGACCUCACCUUCUUCCAGCAGCUCUCCCAAGACAUCCGGAGCGAAGGUGUCUUCCACUACUUCGUCUCUCGCUCGGCCUUCUGGAUCGGCGUCUCUUCCGCCUGCAUGGUAAUGUGCCUACUCCAGCUCGCCUGCUGCACCCCCUACGCCGACGAGGACGAUGAUGCAGAGGCCGAGCAGGGGUGGUCGGCUGGUCGAGCCAUGGUGGUGGACCUGAUCUGCUGGAGUUGCGCCAUCUCCGUUUGCGCUUCGGCGGGCCGCUGGCCCUGGUCCAUCCACUUGCUCCAGGAUCUCGAAGAUCGCUCCGUGGCGCCAGACGUCCGCGCCUGGACCGCGGGAAUCAGCGCGUGCGAUCGCGACGGGGAGUGGCAGCGGGCUCUGGACCUGCUCCGCGCGAUGCCAGAAGCAGAUGCUGUGGCAUACAAUGCCGCUAUCAGCGUUUGUGGUCAUGCAUCGCAGCUGGCCGCUGCAGAAGAGCUUUUUCGGGAGAUGACCCAACGGGGUCUGAAGCCCAGCGUCGUGACCUACACAACAGUCCUGGCUGCUCGCAGCGCCGUGGGACACUGGGCCGAUGCCCUGGCCCUGCUGGGAGCUAUGAAAGCAGAGGAAGUCGAACCGAGCCUCGUCACCUAUGGGGCGGCGCUGGGCGCCUGUGCGAGUGGUGAGCAGUGGCAAAGCGCCCUGGAGCUCUUCUCCCAGAUCUGUGGCAAGCCGAACGGCGUAGUCUACAACGCGGCCAUCACAGCCUGUGCUCGCGCAGGGCAGUGGGAGCCAGCGGCCGCCCUGGUUUCUCGUGCUGGGCUGGACAGGCAUGGUCCGGAUUUGCUGCUCUACACCUCCGCCAUCAGCGCCUGUGAGAAGGCCUCACAGUGGCACCAGGCUUUGGUGCUCUUACGCCAGCUGCCGCGCCCCGACGUCGCAGCCUUCGGCGCAGCAAUCAGCGCCUGUGCCAGUGGAGCCAGGUGGGAGCAGGCGUUGCAGCUUCUGGAUGAGGUGGAUGCGGCUGGUCUGACCGUCACCCUGGCGGCAGUGAAUGCGGGCAUUGCAGCCUGCGAGAAGGGCCUGCAAUGGGAGAUGGCGCUGUCGCUCCUGGGAUCGCUGACUUCGCGGCAGCUGGCUGCCGACGUGGUCACGUACAGCUCGGUCAUGAGUGCUUGUGCACCGAGCGGAAACUGGCAGGUGGUGCUUGACGUCCUGGCGGCGAUGCGCAUGGCUACCCUGGAGCUGGAUGGCAUCGCCCACGACGCAUCGCAGAGGGCGUUUGAAGCCGCAGAGAUCCAGCUUCGGCACAAGAGGCUUCGACUCGCCAGUCGGCCUCUUCUGGCCGCGAAGUCAAGGCUCCUCGAAGGCAUCCGCCUGCACUUCUGCAUCUUCCAAGCGGAGGAGCAGGGCCUCAGCGGCUGGACCCUGGAGCAAGGCAGCCUCCAGAACCGCUGGGAUGUGAUUCUGGAUGGCCUCCUGAAGGCCGUGAUGAUGGAUGGCCAGUGGCCUCGGGAUGUCGCCGCGCAUGCCUUCGUGGGAGCAGAUGCUGUGCACAUUACGGGCGCCAUACAAGAGCAGGUGAUGCCCAUCGUGGGCUACAAGGCCGGUCGAGCACAAUACCAGCCCGCCACCCUCAAAGCCUUCGAGGAGACGCUGUGGCGUUCUCGCGAGGAGGAGGGCCUGCAAGGCAUCCGGUGGGAGCUGGGAGGUGCGAAGGAGUCGCUGGAAGAUGCCAAGGAAGCUCAGUUGGAAAAUCUGGACGCCUUUCUCUCCGAGAUCAAGGCCGCUGGAACCGCCAUAGCCUUUGCAACGAAGGACGCCCGGGGAUCCUACGGCGACCUCCUGAGGAGCUCCGAGGCAGCCAGAGGUGGCGAGGAGACCCUUUUCCUACUCCUUGGAGGGGCUCACGGCUUUGAUGGCCUGGACGAUGUGGAUGGCUCUCACCAAGAAGCUAUCCUGAAUCGCUUCCGAGAUCACCUUGGCGACUCCGGUGUGUCCUGUUUGGUCUUGGGGUCCUCACUGGAGGAUCCUCCGAAGCUAAGCCUGGCGAACGUGGUGAGUUUCCUCCGGGUUGAAGACCUGCAAGGCCACCUGAGACUGGUCGCUAACAUGGCGAAGAGCAAUUAG